UACACGGCGCGCGCCCCCCGCGCUCCGGCUCGGUCGCCGCUGCAGGGAAGCGGCGCGGGGACCAGGCCCGAGGAGCGCGCUGCGCCCGAAUCCCCCUGUCCUGCUCCUCGCUCGCGCCCCGGGGCUGCGCUCCCUGCGCCCGGCCUCCAGAGCCACAGCUGCGGGCGAUGCGAGCGCCCGCUCCCGCGCCCCCGCCCGGAGAGCUAUGACUCACUGAUUACAAAGGACUUUUCCAAGUAUUUUGCACUUUGGGUUGUAUAUUAUGGAUACCAAGGAAGAGAAGAAGGAACGGAAACAAAGUUAUUUUGCUCGUGGUUCUGGAGGAGCUCAUCAUGCCUGGCCUCCCCAGUGUGAGUUCAACCAUUAUCCUCAGAGGAGCUCGGAACCUUGUUGGUUGAAAAAGAAAAAACAAGCCAAACAAAAUGCAGAGACAGCUUCAAGCGUAGCUGCAAGAUCUCAUCCUGGGAAAGACGAUGUUAAUUCUGUCAUUUUGGAACAAGACAAGUGCAGCAUUGGUGGGGAAGAGGAAUAUGUUACUGAUGAGAAGAAAAAGAGGAAAAAUAACCAGUUAAAGGAAAUCAAGCGUACAGAGCUGAAGAGAUACUACAGUGUCGAUGACAAUCAAAACAAAACACAUGACAAAAAGGAGAAGAAGAUGGUGGUCCAGAAGCCCCAUGGAACCAUAGCAUACACCGCUGGAAACCAGGACACCCUGAACUCCAUAGCACUGAAGUUUAACGUCACUCCCAAUAAAUUAGUGGAGCUGAAUAAACUGUUCACACACACUAUCGUUCCAGGCCAGGUCCUGUUCGUGCCGGAUGCCAACUCACUGGCCAGUUCCUUGAGACUGUCCCCCAGCUCCGGUGCUACAGUCUCUCCUUCGUCAUCAGAUGCAGAGUACGACAAGCUGCCUGAUGCUGACCUAGCAAGAAAGGCAUUAAAACCCAUCGAAAGAGUCUUAUCAUCUACUUCAGAGGAGGAUGAGCCAGGCGUGGUGAAAUUUCUAAAAAUGAAUUGUCGCUACUUCACCGAUGGAAAGGGUGUAGUCGGAGGCGUCAUGAUCGUCACACCCAACAACAUCAUGUUCGACCCUCACAAAUCAGACCCCCUGGUGAUCGAGAACGGCUGUGAGGAGUACGGCCUCAUCUGCCCCAUGGAGGAGGUCGUGUCCAUCGCACUGUACAAUGACAUCUCCCACAUGAAGAUCAAAGAUGCCCUGCCCUCUGACCUACCUCAGGAUCUUUGUCCUCUGUACAGGCCUGGAGAGUGGGAAGACCUGGCUUCCGAGAAGGACAUCAACCCGUUCAGUAAGUUCAAGUCCAUCAGCAAGGAGAGACGGCAACAGAGUGGGGAGAGGACCGGGGCUUCGGAGCCCGUGUCCUCAGGCUCCCUGGAGAAAUCCUCAGAGGACACACGGACAGAGCCCCAGGGCAGCCCCAUGGCAGGGAAAUUCAGGAAGCUGAAACCCAUCAGGGCGCGCGCUCGGGGCUUGCCUGCAGUGACCAAGCUCAGGCAGGAGCUAUCAGAGAUGCAUCCUACGCUUGAGUCUACAGCCAAAGAAAACUGCCUUGUGGGCGAAGAUGAGGACUUCGAGGACUUGGAAGAGCUUUCUUCUCAGUCUGAGAGUAGGACGGACAAGAGAGAUGCCUUGAAGGAGUGCCUUUCAGCUGACCCCGGGGACCGGAAGAAGACCAGGUGGAAAGUAGACGCUCCUGCUGUGGAAAGCCAGGUGCAGCCAGCGCCCAGUGUCCUAGCCACAGAGAGUGACGCCGAACUGAAGGGGACCCUGGAUUCGGAAACCUGUGAGAAGCAGGACACAGUACCAGAGGUGGACAAGCAGUCUGGCUUCCCAGAAAGCCAGGUGGAAAACUCACUGGACAUCCAUGAAGAUCUGGAUAAAGUGAAACUCAUUGAGUAUUACCUGCCUAAGAACAUAGAAGGGCCACAGCCAUCUGAAAAUUCGCAGACGGCAGAACUGAGUGAUGGCAAAAGCACUGAAACGGUGGGAAUAGACAUCACCCUUAGCAGCACCCUUCUCCAGGCUGGCGAUCCACCCACGGAGAGCCCCAAGAAGCCAGACGAGCCCCCGGAGAAGGAGAGAGGGUCUCUCGCAAUGAACGUGGACACUAAUAUAGGAGAAAAUAAGAUUAAAGAGUAUCUGGACUCCGCUUCAGAGCCAGCCCUGGACAGCAGCUGCCCUGGUGCCCAAAUGGACAAUAAAUCUGAAAUUCAGCUGUGGCUGUUAAAGAGGAUUCAGGUGCCCAUCGAAGAUAUCCUUCCUUCCAAGGAAGAAAAGAGCAAGACUCCUCCUAUGUUUCUGUGCAUCAAAGUGGGCAAGCCAAUGAGGAAGUCCUUCGCCACCCACACGGCCGCCAUCGUGCAGCAGUACGGCCGGCGCAGGAAGCAGCCCGAGUACUGGUUUGCAGUGCCUCGGGAGAGGGUGGAUCACUUGUAUACAUUCUUUGUCCAGUGGUCCCCAGAUGUCUACGGGAAAGAUGCCAAAGAGCAAGGCUUCGUGGUGGUAGAGAAGGAAGAGCUGAACAUGAUCGACAACUUCUUCAGUGAGCCGACGACGAAGAGCUGGGAGAUCAUCACCGUCGAGGAGGCCAAGCGCAGGAAGAGCGCGUGCAGCGAGGACGAGGACGAGGAGGACGACGGGCUGCCUGUGCUGCAGCCCCACAGUGCACUCCUGGAGAACAUGCAUGUGGAGCAGCUGGCCCGGCGCCUCCCGGCGCGGGUGCAAGGGUACCCGUGGAGACUGGCCUAUAGCACGCUAGAGCACGGCACCAGCCUGAAGACGCUCUACCGGAAGUCGGCGUCCCUGGACAGCCCCGUGCUGCUGGUCAUCAAAGACAUGGACAACCAGAUUUUUGGAGCCUAUGCAACUCAUCCCUUCAAGUUCAGUGACCACUAUUACGGCACAGGAGAAACCUUUCUCUACACUUUCAGCCCUAAUUUCAAGGUCUUUAAGUGGAGUGGAGAAAACUCGUACUUUAUCAACGGAGACAUAAGUUCUUUAGAACUUGGUGGUGGAGGGGGGCGAUUUGGUUUAUGGCUGGACGCUGACCUAUACCAUGGACGAAGCAACUCCUGCAGCACUUUCCAUAAUGAUAUUCUUUCCAAAAAGGAAGACUUCAUAGUUCAGGACCUCGAAGUAUGGACAUUUGAGUGAACUUCAGACUGCCUUAAACUGUCAUCCAAGAAAGCCGGGCCAGCGCGUCACCCUCAGCUGCCCCCAGAAGACAGAGAAGGUGCAGCCCUGCUGCCUCAUCCGACCACCAUGCUUCCUUUCCGCUGUCAGCUCUGAGCAUGCUCACCUCGCAGGAAGACGCCGCAGGGCAUGUGUGGAGGGCAGGCGCCGGGGACCGACCUCGAUGUCCAGAUCGCUGCAAAGACUUCGUCCUUCCGCUUCUCGCAGACCCACAUGAGGAAUCAGAGUGUUUAUAGAUGUAUGAAUUGAAUGCAAUUUUUAUUUUUGGUAACUGUGAAAAAAAUAGAUACUGUGGAAAUAUAGACAUGCCUUGUGUAUUUAUCAGCAUAAUUUUCAUUACCAAAAUGUACAGCUAUCGUUUCCAUGGUUAGUCUGGUUUAGAGAACCUGAAAGGAAAUAAAACUUCAAAGGAAUGUAUGAUUUUUUUAAUGUUUUAUUUAUAUCUAGUAUUUUGUCUGAAAUGUGUUAGCAGGUUUUUUCUUUUUAAUAUGUCAAAUUUUGAAAUGUACACAUUUUGUGCUACGUUUGGGAAACAAGUUUGUUUGUUUUGUAUAGUUUUAUAUUGAUUAUUUUUUGCCCUGAUUGUUUAGGGUGAUAGAUCGUUAUAUUUCUGAAUUUUUAAAAGCUCAUGACCAAGGUUCAUUGUUGUAUAGGCCAGCAUUUUGUUUUAGUCAUUAAAAGGGUACAUUUUAAGUUGCUUAUGCUGAACAAAUUUCUGUAAAGCAGAAAAUACCAUUAUGAGCUUAGACUUAGAACAAACCCUGCUGCUGAAAAGAAAAUGUUUUGCUUCUUCUAAAAUCAUGUGCUGGUAACAAAAAUUUUAUUUUCAUUGUGCUUUUUUGCACAGCCCACUCCCAGCUGUUUACAUUAUUGAGCAGGCCUCUGUUUAAAAGGGACCAAGUGUUUUAAUUUCUACAUUUCUAAAGUCAAAAUGUACAAUUGGACCAGUUUGUCUUGCUCUCUAAACUCUUGUUUGAGAAAACUUAAUAUAAAGAAAGGCGUUCAUAUCAAAAUUAGGAUGUUAAAACAGCUAUUUUUAAAAGAGCAACCCUUUACACCAUUUAAAAAAUCUUAACCGAUAUUAUUGUCAGACUUUAUGAAAACCAAAGAUUGUUAAUGGGAAAAAAUUGAGUAAUAGCCAAAGCUGAGAAAUGAUCCAUCACAAGUGAUUUCCCCAGUGACCUUUGCAAGGAAAAAUUAAUAACAGGCAGUAUUUACAUGUCUUCAUUAAAAAAAUUAGAAAGUUCUCAGAAUAUUUACUUGAUUCUUUUUUACCAGAGGACAGAUUGCUCCCUGAGCUCCUGUUGGCCGGCAGUCACCAUGCGACACUCACAUCCCCUGCGAGUUCAAGCUGGGGAGCUAAGCUGGUUUCCAAUCUGUGUAAUGGUGGCCUCUAACUGAGUGCUCCUGUUGGGAUCUUCUGAAGCCCAGCCCUCAGGCAGUUCAACCCAAUCUGCUCCUUACACAGUGAGUUAGUGUGGGGGGUCAGGACUGUCUCAGGAUGACCAUGUUGACCAUUUCUGCCACUCGCAGCCAUGUGCUAUUACUAAAGCAACAGUCAUUUUCAUAGAGUUCACUCCCCUAGGUUAGUCCAUGGCACUGUUCUCCUGUCCCAUCUUUAGCUGCUGUGUCCUCUGUGUAAAGCAGUAUUGUCCAAACGGAAAUGUGCAACCCUUCAUUUAUGGAUACUGACUAUGUAACGCAGUGCUAUCCCAGUAUUUUCAAUAAAGGAACUUACGCAUUCAGA